UUUACAUUUAUUAGACCCGAUAAGCAUGGCUGAAUUUAUAGAUGAGUUUGCGAAAACUCUCGCUGAAGGCGGAGAAAAAGCUCUUAUUGAAAGAGAAACCGAAAAAAUAUUUCAAAAAAGUUUAAAAUUUAACGCCCAAGAAUUUUCGGCGAUUUUUGAUGAAAGUAAAUCACUCCAACAAGAAGCUGGAAGAUGGAAAUUAAAUGGAGUUUCAUCAGAAGAAAUUGCAUCUAAAAUGCGAUCAGGAGAUCUGAUAGAAUUAUUUGAGAAAAUGGACGUCAAUGUUGGUGAUCGCUUGAACUUACUUGAAAAACAAAAAACUCUUCGGGAGAUUAUUUCUAAUUGUCCAGAAUUACACUUAACGGAACUUGAUGAAAAAUUCGGAAAAGUAGCAAAAAAUGUUGAAGAAUUGAAUCAAAAUAUUGAGAAAUUAACAGAAAUGAAUGAAUCGUUACAGAAAAAAGUUUUAGAAAGAGCUGAGAAAGCAAAAUGGAUAAAAUUACCAACAGCAUUAUCAUUAAUUACAGCUGCAGCAUUAGUUGGACUGAUAAGUACGAUUAUUGGCAUUAUGAGCGAUAUGAAAGGUUGUUAUCUAUAUCGAAUAAUCAAUGGUAAAUUAGAAAAAUAUAAAAUAAAAAGCCGAUCAACUAAUAAAAACAUUCCAGAUGAUCUUAUGCGAUCACACGCUGUGCAAGAUUAUGCAGUUCUUAGAAAACCUUCAAAUUACUUAGACAAUUGUACUAAUUUAACUCUGAAGAUACGGCAGGUUUUUAAAAAUAGUGAAAGUAGUUCUACCGAUAGCCCAUCUAAAAAUGAAUUAAUUAAAAUAUUGGGUGAUAAAUCAAAUCCAUCGAGAGACGAAAUCAAACUAUAUAUCAGAGAAAAAACUAAAGAUCUACAAGAUCACUUCAAACGUUAUCCUGUAAUAGUAUCAGCACCUCUUGAUCUUUUAUAUGAAGAUGAAAAAGUGAAUUGUGUUGCUUGUGAUCCUUCUGCACCUAUCGAUUCUCUUAAUUAUACAACUAGGGAUGGGUUAGCGACUAAUGAAACUUUCCAUUGUAUAGAUCAUGUUAGUAUAUAUGAAGCGUUUAAAAAUUUCGGAGAAGACACAUUGAAUGAUAUCGUUGAUGACUUUGCUAAUCUUUUUGAUUUAAAAGGAUUAAUGUUAACCGUUGGAAAAUUUUUGUUACUUUUUGUGGUUUUAUAUAUAAUUGGAAAUUUUGCAAUAAUUUAUUUCACUAAAACCAAACAUUAUGAAAGACUAGAGGAAGAAGAGAGUGAAAUUCAGAUGAAACCGUUGAAAGCAGCAUAAACAUUAAAAUAUCCGUUGCACUACAUGAGCUCAUAUUACAUUAGAUUAAUUACAGUCGAGAUAAAAUUUGAAACUGAUUAAUACAUCAUUGAGAAUACAAAUAAAUUGAACAUUUUU